AAAUGCUUCCUGAAUUCCGUUCGUUUUCUCUGUUCUUGUGGAAUGAGAACAUCUGCUCUGUUUGACAGCGGCGAUUCGUUUCGUCUUCCGGCCUUUGCUUAUUAUGUGGAGGCUUUCAGCAUAGAGUUUGCGUUUGCUUAUUACUCCUGUGUUCCGACUUAAAGAUCAAUCUCAAUUAUCUGGUUUAAGAAAAAAACUGUGAGAAACUUUAAAAAAUGUUCUCCGUACAAAGACAUAGCUGCGCCUAUUGCGAAAAGCCGAUUGCAUGGCCUAAAAUAGUUAAUGUUGCUCUUUUGCCACCACCAGUAAAAUGCCCAAAACAGCAGCAACAACGUCGUAAGACAUUCAAAGAAAGACGGUCCUUGGAAAUGAGGAAGAUGGAAUCCGCCGAGGUCCGUUCUAAGUUUCUAAAGAAAGUACCUGUCAUCGUCGAAAAGUCCGACAGAGAAAAGGUUCUUCCAUAUCUCGACCGCGUCAAGUUCCUAGUUCCUUUGGACAUGACCAUGUCCCAGUUUGUCGGCAUAGUCAGAACUCGUCUGAAGCUGAAACCCACCCAGACUUUCUACUUGAUGCUAAAUAAUCGCAGCGUGGCCACCAUGUCGCGGUACAUGGGUGACAUCUAUGACGAAUACAAAGACGAGGAUGGCUUUCUCUAUUGUACAUACGCCGCUCAGGAGAUGUAUGGAUAGCACGUCCCUAUCUUCACAAUAUAG